GGUGUUCUAGACUCUAGACGGAAGUGAUCUAGGUGCCAGUAAGAGAGCUCAGGCUCUCAGACAUGUCAAUAUUGUUAUCUACUCUGUAUCUCUAUUGUUUGGUUCAGUACUUGACAGUGUUGGGGGUGACGUACAGUACUCGGGGCCACCACCGUCACCGUGAGUCCUCUCCUAUUGUGGGACAGCAACCCGUUGGUGUGGUAACGGUGAAAAGAUAUAGGAAAGGAAAGAUAAUCAUACAUGAAAUAGUUAAGGAAAAUCUCUUAUAAUGGAUCCUGCUGAGCAAGACACCUCAGACUCUGAAGGGGAUGACAUGGAAUUAAUAAAAAGGGACUCCAUAGAGUGCCCACAGAAUCAUCCUGGAGAGGAAAGUAUACCAACUAUAUUGAAAACAAAAGAUUCUACCUCAGAGGAUGACAGUGUUCCAAAAAGUACUUCAGACAAUUCAAUGAAGAUAGCGCCCCAACCCUUACCUGAGCCUAAUGAAGUAGCUACCAAAAUUGUGACCUUUGGCGGCAGAGGACAAGAGUCGAGUGAUGAUGAGGAGAGUGAUAAUGAAGGUGGAGUAGAUAUAAGUGCAGAAAUAGAUGAUGCACUUGAUGAAGGAUACAUGGGGAUGGAAUGUACGUUAGAAAGAGGAUUUUCUCUGAAUGAGGCCGCCAUUGCCCGCGAUCUGCGCCACGAACGCUAUGAUGAAUUAGCCAUCAAGUACCAACGAGACCCGUCAUUUGCACGUUACCGAACAUCAUUUGGACAUUUUAUUCCUCUUCGAAAAUCACCUAAAGUGAAGGAUGAAAUGCCAGUAGACAAAGCUGGCUUAUACAGCUUCACCACCUUGUCUUGGAUCACAAACCUCAUGUGGAAAGCAUAUAAGACAGGUCUUAAGGAUGAAGAUAUUCCCAUAUGUUCAAAAUAUGAUAUGUGCCUCUAUAAUGCUGACAGGUUAGAAAAUUUGUGGAAUGAAGAAAUUAAAAGGAAUGGAAAAGAUGAUGCUUCCCUGCAGCGAGCUGUGUGGCCGUUUUUGAGAACCCGUCUCCUCAUUGGUCUCGUUAUGUUUUUCAUUACUCUAAUUUUAGGAUUCCUUGGACCGACCAUAUUCAUGCGCUAUCUAAUUAAUUGGUUAUCGACGGAUGAUCCUAUUUCCUAUGGAGUGGCAUGGACACUAGGUCUUUUGUUUACAGAGUGUAUGCGUAUCAUUCUCUUCUGUUUGGUCUGGUGCAUCAACUAUAGAAAUGGGAUUCGUUUGAGAGCUGCAUGUCUUGGAUUGGUGUAUAAGAAGCUAAUGAGAAUGUCAAACUUAGGAAAUAAAAGUGUUGGGGAGGUGAUAAAUCUAUUUGCCAAUGAUGCUCAGCGGAUAUAUGAUUUAGUGGUAAUUGGUCCACUAAUCGUUGGAGGUCCCUUGGUGGCGAUUGGUGGAGUGGUAUAUAUUCUGUGGCUCCUGGGACCGUGGGCUCUGUUUGGCAUGGUGGCUUUUCUUCUUUUCUAUCCAUUCCAGUAUGGACUCUCGCGUUUAACCGGAUAUUUGCGUCGUCGUACAGUUACCGUGACUGAUGAGAGAGUCCGCAUGAUGAAUGAACUCCUCAUGUGUGUGAAGUUUAUCAAGAUGUAUGCUUGGGAGAAGAGCUUUGCUUCUACUAUUUCAGAGAUACGUGGUCGUGAGAGACGAUUACUAGAGAAGUCGGCAUAUGUGCAGAGCAUCAGCCUGGCUAUGGCGCCAACUGUACCAAUAGUUGCUGCCAUUAUUACUUUCUUGGCUCACAUUGGUGCUGGGUAUAAUCUUACUGCAGCUCAGGCUUAUUCUCUUCUCAUGGUAUUCAACACAGUCAUAAGAAAUGGCUUCUCUUCUUCAACUUAUUGUUUGCUUUUAGCACAAGGAAGAAUUUCUCUGAUUCGUUUUCAGGGUAUGUCAGUGAUUUCUUAUCUCUUGGGAAAUGCUCGUUCAUCAUUCAAUAUCCUGAGGUUUUCUAUUAGUGCCAUUGUUGAGGGCGCUGACUCUUUAAGGAGGAUUAAGAAUAUCCUGCUAAUGGAUGAGCUGACUCCGUAUGUGGAGAAGCCACAGGAUGCAGAUACUGCCAUUAUUUUUCAUGAUGCUACACUGGCUUGGGAUACUGUGUCACUACAUAAAAAGAGAAGGAAGAAAAGAAGGAAAAAAACUGAUUAUGUGUCUCCGGCUGAUCGUUUAUUACCUAAAGUGGUAGACCUCCAGUAUAGUGAGGUUCUCUUUGGUAUCAACUUGUCUGUGAAGAAGGGGGAGCUGAUUGCAGUGUGUGGAGCUGUAGGUGCAGGAAAGUCGUCACUCGUCAGUGCUCUGCUCGGCCAUAUGCGUCUACGGUCAGGAGAAGUUUGUCUAAGUGGGGCAUGUGCUUAUGUUGGGCAGCAAGCGUGGAUUCUUAAUGCCACUUUCAGAGACAAUAUUCUUCUUGAUGAACCCUUUGAUUCCAAGAGAUACUACAGAGUGAUUCAUGCUUGUAAUCUAAACCAAGAUGUUGGAGCAAUGCCUGCAGGAGACUUCACAGAAAUAGGCGAGCGUGGCAUCAAUCUGUCCGGUGGCCAAAAGCAGCGCUUGUCUCUUGCCAGAGCAAUAUAUGCAAAUAAACAAGUGUAUUUAUUGGAUGAUCCUCUGAGUGCUGUUGAUGCUCAUGUUGGUAGCCACAUCUUUCAGUGGGUCAUUAAGGGAGCGCUGCGAGACAAGACAACAGUUUUUGUCACACACCAACUUCAGUACCUACCACAGUGUGAUCGUAUAGUGUACCUGCGUGAUGGCCGUGUAUUUGAGCUGGGCACACACACCAAUCUUAUGGAAGCCAAUAGCGAAUAUGCUGCAUUGUACAAUACACAUAUGGACACAGUCCAAAAAGAAGAAAGUGAAAAAGAAAAGGAACCCAUAAGAGGCUCACGUGUACGACAAGACUCGGUUCUGUCAUCAGAUAGUGGAAAAACUAGCGCACAUGACAGUAGUCCAGAAAAAAGCCUUAAGGAUAACACACAGAGGAAAGCAGCAGAAGGUGCAGGUCAACUUAUAGCAGAAGAAAAGCUUGAUAAAGGUGACAUUCCAAGGUCUACAUACCACUCGUACAUAAUGGCGGCCGGUGGAUACAUCAUUUCAACACUGGUCAUGUUAACCUUCAUUCUCAAUGUUGGAUUUACGGCCUUCAGUUCCUGGUGGCUCUCAUAUUGGCUUUCAACAGGAAGUGGAAAUACAACUGUGGUAAUAGGGAAUGAGACCAUCAUCAGUGACAAUAUAGCUGAUAAUCCUGACUGUCAGUUUUACCAGACUGUUUAUGGGUGUUUCAUCCUCAUCAUCCUGGGAACUUCACUUAUCAGAGGUUUUGCAUUUAUGAAGGUAACAUUAGUGGCUUCAAGUCAAAUGCACAACCAAGUUUUUAUGAAAAUAUUUCGCAGUCCAAUGAGUUUUUUUGACACCACUCCAUCUGGUCGCAUCAUAAACCUUUUCUCUCGGGACAUGGACGAAGUUGAUGUUCGAGUUCCUAUGACUGUGGAAACAUUCUUGCAAAAUAUUUGCUUGAUCGCCAGCUCUCUCAUAUUUGUGUGUCUUGUCUUCCCACACUUCUUACCUAUUUUACUUUUACUGGCAAUUUUAUUUUUAUAUAUCCGUAAGGUCUUCAGGAUAGGAAUACGGGACUUCAAGAGACUGGAAAAUGUAUCGAGAUCACCCAUGUUUAGCCAUGUAAGCACAACUGUAAAUGGUCUGGCUACUAUCAAUGCAUAUGGCAAGCAAGAGAUGUUCACAAAAAAGUUUAUGGUGUUGUUUGAUGAAAACUCAAGUGUGUUCUACCUCUUCAACUGUGCUAUGAGAUGGUUAGCUGUCAGAUUAGACCUGCUGGCUUUGUUGGUAACAUCGAGUACUGCAGUGCUGUCAUUGUUGUUAAGAGGAUCAGUGGAGGAGUCAUAUGCUGGUCUGGCUUUGGCUUAUGCUGCACAACUCAGUGGCAUCUUCCAGUACACUGUAAGACUUAGCACAGAAACUGAAGCAAGAUUUACAUCAGUUCAGAGGAUAAACAAUUAUUCUACAGGUCUGGUGUCUGAAGCUCCAGCCAUCAUAGAGUCAAAACGUCCAGAAGUAACUUGGCCAAAACAUGGGCGUAUCAGUUUUCGUAAAGUACAAAUGAAGUACCGAGAGGACACGCCUCUUGUCUUGAAGGGUCUCACUUUUGACAUAGAUUCAAUGGAAAAAAUAGGAAUAGUUGGGAGAACUGGCUCAGGGAAGUCCUCACUGGGAGUAGUGUUGUUCCGGCUAGUGGAGCUGGCUGGUGGCACUAUUCGUAUUGAUGGUAUAGAUAUCUCCACACUUGGACUGGAGGAUCUUAGAUCAAAACUUUCUAUCAUUCCUCAGGAUCCUGUGCUUUUUAUUGGAACUGUCAGGUAUAACCUAGAUCCUUUUGGAUGUCACUCUGAUGAAGAAAUAUGGGCAGCCUUGGAGCAGACAUUCAUCAAGGAUCACAUUUCCAAUCUUGACUUGAAACUCAACGCACCAGUGGUGGAGAAUGGUGAAAACUUCUCUGUUGGUGAACGUCAAUUGAUAUGUAUGGCCAGAGCCCUCCUGAGAAAGAGUAAGAUUCUGUUCUUAGAUGAAGCAACAGCUUCCAUAGACACAGAGACUGACCACAAGAUUCAACAAACACUGAAAGAAGCAUUUAAGUCUUGCACCAUGAUCACUAUUGCUCACAGGUUGAACACAGUGAUGUCAUGCUCAAGAGUUAUGGUUUUGGAUGAUGGGAAAGUAACAGAGUUUGACACACCAACAGCUCUUCUUGCCAAUCCCUCUUCAAUGUUUGCCAAGAUGGCUGCUGAAGCUGAAUCUACCUUCAUAUCAUAGGGAGAAAGUACAAACUACAGUGUGUUGUUAUCCAUUUUUAUGGUGAAAUGGUUUCCCUUUAAAAUGAAUUUUACCCUUUGAUUUUAGUAUUCAAUUUACUGAAUACAAACUUUGUGCAAUUUAUUUUGGUCACAGCAAUGAAUUUAGAAAUUUGGCUGUUAAUUAAAAAUUUUGUUUUACUAAUAUACUGAAGUUUAAUCUGAGCACAUGCUAGUUCAAUGCCUUUAUGAGCUCUUGUGUUAAAAUGUAGGACUUUUAUUGUCACUGGAUAUUUACUUGUCUCUCAUCAGACUUUUGGGGGAAAUCUUUAUAAAUCAUUGUUAAAGCAGAGGUGGUGAUUAAGGGAGACGAUAUAAGAUUAGUUAAUGAAAUCAAUAUUAUGUCAUCAAAUGUAUGAAAGAACAGUGCUUGAAUACUGUUGGAUUGUUUGAAGAAGAAAAAAUUGAAGCACAGAAUUUGUGUUAACAAGAUGUAAUGGAUUGUUAGAGAAAUAUUAGAAGAAUGUGACUAUGUUUCAAGGAUUUUGGAGGCAUGGUUGAAAAAUGUUGAAGUGUCAGAGGAGUUUUGGACCUGUUUAUGAGAAUGUCUUUUUUUUUAAUGUACUGUAAUAAGAAAAAUUGGAAGAUAGUUGGAAAUAUGUUGAAGAAGUGAAGGAGUAUCAAAGUGUGGAAUAUAACUGUCAGGGAAGAAUUGGGUAUGUAUUGUGAAAAGACUAUUGGGGAAUUACCGGUGAUGCGUUACUUGUCAGAGCUGCGUUGAUGAUGUUUAAGAAGAGGACUCCUGGAGUUAUAUUACACUGUUUAAGAACAGCUGGAGGAAUAGUAGUGGUGUGGGAGAUUAAUUAGGUAUUGGGAUAAUGGGGAAUAGUGAGACAAUCUUAGAGAUAACUGAAACACUGUUCGAGAUAUCAUAGAGAACCUUUAAUUGCUUGAAGAUGUAAGUGAUAUAGAUGUUUAGAGGAGAAUUGUGGGACAAAUGCUGACAGGUUGUUGAUUUUUAUUUUAUUCACCUAUGUGCCAUGUGACAAUGACAAAUUAUUAGGAACUAAUAUAAUAGCUAAUAUGUUAUUAAUAUUUAUAUUUUUAAUCAUUAUGUAUCCCUUUUAUUUUAUGUAUUUUAUCAUGGGAGGUAAGUUGUGAGUAACAGAAAUAAACCUCAUGGCAGUUAAGCUCUUCAAGGGAUAAGUUCCAGUAAUAUCCUUUGUCUUCUAUGAUAAUUUGAUGUGAAAUAUCUUUAUAAUCAAAUUUAAUAUGAAAUAGAUAUUUUGUUUGGUAUAGGUUGUAUAAGUCAGUGUGUGCGUUUCUCUUAUUCUGUUACUUAGUUCCAAGUGACAGCAAAGAGUGUGUGUGUGUAUGUGUAUAUAUGUGAAGCUUCACUGUAUGUACAAUAUAUACAGUAAUUCAAACAUUUGUAUUUAGUUGUGGAAUUGUAAACACUCAUCUCAUAGAAAUCAACUUGAGGCAAUAAUUCUGUAUAAUCAGGGCUAUCUUGUGAUACCCAGAAGCACAACAUUACCUUUCACUGUGUACGUCAUGAGUGCAGUGGUGGUCAUUGACUACGCAAAGCCUUAUUUGACAUUUUUGCCGGUCCAACAGGCACAGUAUUCUGUUUUUAUUGUCUAUAUACAGACCAGCCACGUAAAACAGGAUUUUUUUUAAUGUAUACAGCCAGACCCCUUGAAAGGGUUGAAUAUGUACAAAUAUGGUUGUAAAACAAAAUCCAGAUACUAUCCCUUCCUACUGUAAGGAUGUACAGUAUGUAAAUUUAGAACUUAGGAUAAUGUUUUUUGCUCACAUGUCGGCAAACUGUAUGAUUUAUAUCCAUGAGUUACCCAACUUAGGUAAACUCCCUUUACUGUAAACACAUUCACGAAUUUGGUUUCAGUUCAAGUUGCCAUCACCUACUGUUUGGUGGUUGUUAUAUACAAGUGACAGUUGAAUGCGUCAUGUUUUUUUCCUGAUUAGUAAGUACUUUCUUGUACUAAGGUAGAUUCUCAAUUUUCCUUGUAGUAUAUACAAUAGCUGCAGUUGCUAAUUUGCAUUUUUGUUUUCAUCCAAACAUUUUCUGAAAUUUUGUCAAGUUUAAGUAACUCAAAAUAGAUUGUUACCAUGAGUCGCUAUAUAUAAUAUGUACAUUUUAAGAAUUAUUGAAUCGGCUUUUAUACAGAAAUGUAAAAAUUUUAAACCGAUUGAAAAUACAGUUCUGCACUGUACAUGGAAAUCAGACUCGUUAAUGCAGGCACUAGCUUUGAGGCACAGUAUUAAUGACUGUGUUUUCACCUGUGUCAGGAAACUACAAUGAGCUGAACUUCUCAGAUCAAUGUGAGAAGAAAGUAAAUCAAGUAAAUAAACCUUACUAGGA